AUGGCGACGACUGAGGUGAAAACCCUGGUCUCGACGCCUGUUGUCGCUCUGGCCAGAGACACGGACGUCGAAAAUGGCGGGGGGAGUGCUGGUGGUGGCCGUCCGACUCUUUCAGUCUCGAAACGAACUGUAGUGAUCGUGUAUAGCCUGGGUCGAGAAGCCAUCCUUCAGGUCGUCGCCGAAGUGCUGGGCAAGGCCUGGACGACUGUCUCAGUGCUGUCUAAAGUCGUGUCUGGGAGCGAUGCCGUUGUGCUAGGGAUUCUGAACGGUGACUUUGAAAAGACCAUGUCCGAGGGUCUCGGUGAUCCUUCAAAGUUGUUGCUUGUCAACACCCACUGCAUCGAUGACGGUUCUUUCCCUGUCGACAGACUGUCGGAAGGCUGCCACUACGAAUUUUUAUACUCACGCGAAACUCCCUUUUUCCGCCGGGAUCUCACCCGUUUCUUGUCACUGAUUCUGGGCCAGCGACGGCCACAUGACGAUCUGGCGAACAAACAACGCACGAAUUUCAUUUCGACCACGUUUCCCGACGUGCGUGCCGCCUUGCCGAAUCUUGAUAUCCUGUCUGUCGGGUCGGAUGCGGUUGAGCUUCGUGUCGAUCUUCUAGAGGAGGCAGGUUCAAGUUCGAACGCCGAUAAACGUAGUAGUACUGUGCCGAGCUUGAAGUAUGUCGGGCAGCAGGUGAUGCUAUUGCGGCAACACACGGAGUUGCCCAUCAUUUUCACGACUCGAUGUGUAAAGGAAAACGGCAAGUUUCCGAUGGAAGACCCAGCGCUGUUUCACAAGUAUCUUCGACGGGCUAUCCAAUGGGGGAUUGAGUAUAUUGAUGUCGAGCUGUGGCUUCCGGAAAAUAUCCGGAAAGAUUUGUCUGAGCACCGGGGAAACAGUACUAUCAUGUCGGCCUUUCACGACUUUUCUGGCUCGUGGAAAUGGACCUCGCCAGAGGCUCUAAGCUUGUUCAAGGAAGGGGCUCGCUAUGCAGAUAUCGUCAAGAUGAUCGCCAUGGUCAACACGAUAGAGGAAAACUACGAGCUGGAGUACUUCCGGUCUAUCAUCAAGGCCGAGUAUUCUUAUCCGCCUUUAUCCGCAGUCAACAUGGGCCAAACGGGCCAGUUGUCGCGAGCAUUAAACACAGUCUUUUCGCCUAUUACACAUCCUCUACUACCGAUGAUUGCUGCGCCGGGCCAGCUGACUGCUGCCGAGAUUAACAAGGCGCUUCACAUCAUGGGCCAACUUCCCAAACGAGACAUGUAUGCCAUCGGCACUUUUCGCUCAACGUCACAGUCCAUGUUUAUGGAGAAAUGCUUCAAUGAGCUCGGGCUGCCGCACAGCGUCAACUGCAUCGACCGCGGACCCCGAGGGUCGAUUGAGUCGGUGAUCAUGCAGCCCGGGUUUGGCGGUGCAUAUGUCAACCCGCCCCUGACCAGCUCAGCGUCAUACAUACCCAGCAAAAGCGAUGCGGCUCGAGCCAUUGGCUCUGUGGACACAAUCACAGUCACCGACGAUGAAACAGACGAACGACAAACCAAAUUCAUCGGCGAGAACACAACGUGGAAGGGCAUCCGGGCCACUUUGACUAGAGACUAUGUGCCCUCGGCAUACCGGGGCCGGGCCGUCAUUGUACUUUCGGGGUCGGAAAGCGACGCCGCAGCAGCAAUAUUUGCGCUUCGCAGUCUGGAUGUGGGCACUAUAUACACGGUCGGAUUCAAAGCAUCGGGACCCCUUGCUGCCGGGCUAGAGCCUUUCACAUCGAUCCAGUCCGUCAAGCUAGUCGAGCAGCCGUUUGUCAUUGUUUCUGCGCUGCCUCCUGAAAAAUCGCUGCUAGUGCAACCGCUUCUCCGCCACUAUCGCAGUAGUGGCCAUUCCUCGCCGCCGUCGACCCGAGGUAAAGUGUUUCUAGACCUGACAAAUGGGCCGCGCAAGGGAGAUCCGUUGAGGGUCGCUGCCAGUGCUGGCUGGACCGCAUAUGGUAUAGACGAUGUCAAUGCGUGGACGACCGUCGAGACACUACGCGUUCUCGUGGGCCAGAACGUUCCGUUUGACUUUGUGCGCAUGGCUGCUGGGAAUGGGCUGUAUUAG